AUGUGUUUGUGGCAAGGUGAGAUGUUGGUGUCAUUGAUCAACCACAUUGACAUUUGGGAAGAAUCAGUUCGGUCUUUCAUCAACAGUGAUGACAUGAUUGCACUCAUCACAUCCAUCAUUCCACUAACGAAGAACAGCAAGAAUGUUGAUAUGGUGAUGUCAGUUGUUCUUUCGUCAUUUAAUCAAGAUUUCUCUUCGUUGUCAACACUGUCGUUAACAUCGUUCGUCACAACAUAUGAAAAAUUAAUUGACCUUCUGUUGAAUGGCUUUAUCACAGAUAUCAAUACGCAGACCACUUGUGUUCUGUCAUGCUUGACAUAUUGCAUUCAGGUCACAUAUGGGAUGAAAAUAAAAGAUAAAUGGAAGUUGUCGGUUUCAUCUUUGCAAUCAUCAUCACCCAUAUCAUCUUUGUCCACCUCACCUACUUCAUCAUCUUCUUCAAGUAAAAUAACUAAAGAGAAAAAAAUCAAAAAUGAAAGGAAAGUUAAGAAGAAUCAUAUUGAAAGUUGUUCUCUUGGUUCAGCCUGUCAAUUGCCUUCAAGUAGAAAAGUUGACUGGGUUCAAUGUGAUUUAUGUGAUCUUUGGUACCACACUAUAUGCUUAAAGUUGUCAAUAAAUGAAAUAGAUGUUGAUGGUGUGUUUGUUUGCCCAAUGUGUGAGACAUCUUCACUAACUGUUCGAGAAGCUUCCUCUAGUCCGUCUCAUAGCCCGCUGGUGGCUUUGUAA